GGUGUGCUUUGUGGAUAAACAGGUCUCUGAUUGGGAAUUCCAAUUUAUCAAAUAAGCUUGUUCAGGAACAAGAAACGCUAUUUGCUCACUUUCUUUCGGUUACGGAUUUCCGAACCAGCUGAAUAGCCGUUUUCAACACUCACUGCCCAUUGUAUAAAAACAGGCUGUUUUAGGGUCUUCGUAAUAAGGAUGCAAUAAUAAAAUAAUUCCGUUCGCUCAGCCAGCCUUUUAUUUCCAAAGGCUAAAGCGAUUCUUUUUCCUCGCCCAAGAAAGAUGGAGAAUAUUCCUCCAUCUCCCUCAAAAGUUAGCUGCCAUAGGGCGAGAGAGAAGCCUAAACUUCUUCGCAGUUCCACUUCUUUGCAGUACUAACGGAGCUGAGCCCCACCGCCGAAGGCACGGGGCAAAAUUGACUCUGGCGAGAAAAUGAUAGUGGCGAGGCUAUACUCCACCGCCCUACUACGUUGCUACUGUCAGGCAAAAGUAGCGUUAGCCGUAACCGCGCUACAAAAAUCCGGACGACUAUAAAGCUGGCAAUAAAGAACCACGACGAUGGCGUUGCUGCCGUCUGGAAGUCGGCCAGGUGUCGUAGCCUGGUUGAACUCUCGCCCCGGCCGCCGGACGCAACGCCGCGGGCCUCCCCACCAUUUCUCUCUCCCCGCCUUUGCAGAUACGGUUCAAACCCUGGCGACCCAAAGCAGCAUAUUUCCUCAGUAUUCCAACGUGGGGACCAGCCCAAUUCUGUUUCCAUGGCAAGAGAGGGACUCCAAACAGCUCGGAACCCUGGCGCUCAUCUCCAGCCAGCGCCGCCUCGCGUGGGAGCUCUCAGAUGUUCAGAAGGAACGUCCAUUUGGAACCACUCAGGAAAAGAAAAUUUUCCCCUUUCAUCAUGCACCAGACCGAUUAGGUAAUGAGUUUGCACCAAUUAUAGGUGAUCCUGAUCGUGGACCAGGAACAUAUAAUCAUGCAGAGAGGAACAAUCUUAUAUAUAACUUGGCUCAAAGACCACAGAGUAUCAAGGGUUACAGCAUGGGAGCAAGAACAACACCACGUUUUGUGAUAAUAAACAAGCAUGUGACCCCUGCUCCUACAACAUAUCAGUCAAUAUGGAUCAAAGAACACAAGCAUAAGACUGUUCAUUUCCCAUUUCUCAGCAAUGUACCACGGUUUUUAGAGCAGGUUCAAGAUAGAGAGCUCUUUCCCGGACCUGGAACUUACAACCCAUACAAGUUGCCACACAGACAUGUCAGUUGGCCAGGGAAGUUUGGUCCCCCAGACUGGUCUUUGGUUCCAAUGCCACAGAGAAGAACUUUCAGAGCCGAGCUGCUUUCUGAUAAAGAAUUCAAGAAAUAUCGGAAUCUGGUGGCCUACCUGAGCAUAUAUUACAGUGAUUAAUUGGCUGAAGAUAUUUCCUCUCCUACAUGCUUAGACCAUUAAUUUACUUUUUACUUUUACUUCUAAUGAACAUUUUAAUUAAUAUGUUACUUGGAUUCACAUACUAUUUCAUAAAGAAUUUCUUUGUUAGCCUUUUAAAUGCUUCUAUUUUCCUAAUGCUCUCCACUAUUUCACUAUAAAACAUUUAUUAUUUGGAAGUUGCUUCAAAUGUAGGAAUUUGGAUUUUGCCAACAGCCACACCUGUUAAAAUGUUUCUGGUUUUGAACAGUUUAGUUAGAAAAAAGCUUAAGAGAAAUGCAGAUUUUCAAAGUAUAAUCUCUAUUGAUAUAUCAGUUUGAGAGUUAAGGUAGUAAUGCUCACAAAAGUCAUGCCAAAUUCGAGAAAUUAUUAUGGGAUCAAGCAUGUAUUGAUUAAAACCUAAAAUUGCAAAUAUUUUGUCCUGCUACUCCAUUGCACUGGCCAGUGUCUUUUUUUAAAUACAAAGGUAUUAGAAGUAUGUGCCAUAUGAUCUGCUGCAGAUGAUACCAUUUCUUGCACUGCAUAUCCUGCAUGUGACUCAGAAUGGAACUUUUAUGGAAUAUAUAUGCAAGUAUUUCAGCACAAUGUUCUUUUCUCUCUGCUGCUGCAGAGAAAACAAACUUAAUUAAUACUGAACAAGAAACAGAGAUUUCCCAUUUGAGGAAAGACUUCUAUGCUAAAUUCUUGUAGGAUGCUUUUCACUCAACCUGAAUUGAGCUGUAGCUUUUAUAGUUAGGAACUAGAUUUGUACCAUGCAAACUUUUACCUUCUGUACUCUGCAGUAUGAGAGAAAACACAUGAGUAAUAAAAUAAAACGUAUUACAAUUUCUAGUCAGUUUUAUGAGAUAAUAUACCAAACUGUCAUAGCAGACAAUUGCUCUGCUGAUGUAGCAGGAUACCUAAGUACUUUUCUGCACACCAUUGUAUAAAAAGUUUUCUUUAAGUUCCUCUUAUGCUUGAUUUCUCAAAAAAUUAGAUUUCAUUUAGAAGUUUCAUAUAAAGCCUUAUGGAAUCCAUUGUGUGUCUUGUAAACCAGCAGCUUUAGAUUAGAAGGUAUACAAAACCACUUGUACAAAAUAGAAAUAAUUUAUAGAUUGCCAAAUUUCAGUUUCAAUCCUACAGUAGCCUUCCCAUUCUAGUGUGUUUUAGAUAUUGAUUAUGUAAUUCUCAUAACCCUUGCCCAUUCAUCAAGGAUACUUUGGUUCAAAUUUUGUAAAAUAUACCACACUAGGAAAACAUCUUUACAGCAUAAAUCCUGCCUCUCUCUAUCCAGUCAUCCACUUAUUGAAGUAAUUGGUAAUUUACUGUUAAUAACCAAACAUCUGCAAACAUAUUACAGUAAAAGAAACUUAGCAACUGAUUGAGUCAUUGAUUUAUUAAUAUUUUUUUCAAAGAAAUACAUUACCUGAACAGGAAAAAAUAGACGACUUGUUAGUCUUCCAUUGAAUGUUAUUUUAUUUCUUUCA